AUGUCUUCUUGGCUCUCGUUCUCUCUCCCUAACCCUUUCCAAUCCGACAAUCAAAACCCCUCGUCCCCACCGGAAGACACUAAACCUCUCUCACCCAAUCACAACCCACCUCCUCACUCCUCCGGCGUGAAGGACGACCUCUCCGUCCUCUCCCAAACCCUCACCCACCACCUCCGCGGCGUCGCCGCCUUCCUCGCACCCCCUCCUCCCUCACAUUCCACCACCGCCGCCUCAGAUGAUGAAAAGGUGUCGUCUUCGCAAACGAUUCUCGGAAUUAAAAGCGAUUUAGUUGAAAUUGGGGUAGUUUCAAGACGGGUCUUUCGGUCCUGUCUUCGAAUAAGGCUGUGUCUGAGAUCUCUCGGCGAUGAGGCUGAAAGCGACGAAGACGAUGACAUGGUUGGAAUUGCUGAUGAAGUUGUGGACUUUGUAAUGCAAAUUUCAUUGCGGCCUGAGUGUUGGACCGAUUUCCCUUUGUCACUACCCAAUGAUUUUAGUAUGUCCAACGUUCAGAGAGAUCAUGCUGCAACUAUCGAACAUUUGGUGCCUAGUCUUGCAGCUUUGAGGCAUAAACUUUGCAAUGACUUGAGUGAUGAACAAUUUUGGAUGGUCUACUUUAUUUUGUUGCUUCCUAGGUUGAAUGAGAAUGAUUCUAAGCUCCUAGCAACUCCAGAGAUUGUUGAAGCAAGGGAGACACUUUUGCAGAAGUUGCUAAACAAGAAGAACGCAGUGAUGAAAGCUUCUGAGAACUCCGAGGCUGUUAAUACGUUUCCAGAUGGUGGUAUAAUUUAUAGCACACAAGAAGAUGAGUGCCCAUCUCAGCAAAAGGACGUUUUAGCUGAGGUUGUCAAUGCAUUACAGGAGACAGAGAUUGAUGACCAUGGGAAUACUGAGCAGUGGUUAGAAGAUGAAGAUGUUGAAACUUGCACAUCGGUAGAUGCUCGGAAACUGCCUGCAAGUGAGGAUGAUGUCUCAUUUAGUGAUUUGGAAGAUGAUGAUAACGAUUUUUCAGGGAAACUCUCAAGUUUCAGGCCUGCACAGAGUAAUAAGGCUUCUUCACCUGGUGAAUGGGUUCAACUCAGGGACGCUCAAGGUGGUUUGCAGAAGGCUGGCCAAUCAAGUUCCCAAGAGAAAGAUUCUGAAGGAGAGGAGUCAAAUGAUUGGCUCACUAUCGAUAAUGUAGAUUCGGACAGUUAUGCUACUGUUUGA